AUGUCCCAAUCAGAACCCUCCUUUUUCGAGCGCGAGCGCGACAGACUAUCCGCAGACAUCACAGCAGGCUUCGAAGAUCUUCUCUCAUCCAGCAACGUCCUCAAUCGCAAGCUCGAAGAAGUACUAGGCAUGACCCGCGAAUACGAAACCAUCGCUUCCCUCUGGCAAAGCUUUCACGAGUUGAUGCGCGGACAACGAGAUGAAGUGCUCGAGGACAGACUCGGAACGACCGUACCAGGCACAGGCGCGCAUAUCGUAUCUACAAACUCCAAACGCUAA